AUGGGUGGAAUGCACGGUUUGAUGCUACGGGGCCGCGCGGAUGGAAGCAGCAGCAGCGACAGUGGAGCCGACGAGGAUGAGAAUGAUGAGAAUAGUGUCAGCGACAGCGCGGAUGCAACGGCGCGUGCCAGGAACGGUGGGGGGAGCAAAAAACGCUUGCUCUCUGCCGCCUCUUCCGCAGGGCGGGCGUCGAACGUAUCCAAGCCGAUGACAGGAAAGAAGGACCCUGACGUACAAAAUGAUUUCUCCAAUACAUCCAGUCACCCUGUCGUUGGAGCCGCUUCGUCAAGUACGGUCAAAUACGACGGUUCUUACAAGAAUCGACAGCGUGUCCUGGUCUUUUGUUCGCGGGGCGUGACGGCGCGCUACCGCCACUUGCUGGAGGACCUGCGGAAGCUCAUUCCCCACCACAAAAAGGACGUCAAGCUCGACUGCAAAGGGGACUUGCAGGUCAUCAACGAGAUCGCGGAGGUCAAAAGCUGCAACAAUUGUCUGUACUUGGAGGCUCGGAAGCGGCAAGAUCUCUAUCUGUGGCUAAGUAAGACACCCUUGGGGCCUUCUAUCAAGUUCAGCGUCCUCAACGUGCACACCCUCGACGAGCUCCGCCUCACGGGCAACGCCAUGCUCGGUUCCCGACCCGUGCUUUCCUUCGACGAGGCCUUCGAUGCCCGCCCCCACACCCGCGUGAUGAGAGCCCUCCUGGUCGACGCCUUUGGGACCCCCCGGGGGCACCCCAAGAGCAAGCCCUUUGUGGACCGAGUCCUGGCCUUCGCGCUCGCGGACGGCAAGGUGUGGGUGAGAAACUACCAGAUCGUGGAUGCGGCUCCGGCGGCGACGGCGGCGGACCCUGAGGCGGCCGCGAAGGCCGAGGCCAAGGCCGCCGCCAGGGCGGCCGCAGGGAGGAAAAAGGAAGGGGGAAAGGGAGAGGCGGGGGAGGGGGAGCUGACCAGCCUG